CACCACCGAACGCACGCCGCGCUCGCGUGCGCACUCACACUGUGUCGGGACGGGACACAGACGCACACUAGCUCGCCGCGCCACCUUUAUAAGGAGCCACCGAGCCAUCGAUCGGCAGUCUCUGCGCUAGCGCGCCGCUGUAUCCACGCAUUGGAAGAGCCCGCCUAGCCUGAGCCGCCCCUGCCCGCUCGCCCGUGGUGACGUAUCCUGCUUGUUUCGUGACGUCACGACACGAACUGGCCGGGACCGUACCGCGCGUCGAUCCGUAUAGAGUUAGUGUAGUCAUACGAGUGUAGAAUUAAUGUUUACACAUUUGUUAGCAAAUAAAUUGCCUUGAAGUUUCACCCCAAGUUUUAUUGAAGACCUUAACAAUCUUACAAUCUGGCGCUCAACGUCAAGGCCCGGAAGCUGGCUAGCCCAAAACAAGGAACACGUAGAAGAAUAAAAGAAGAACUGCUGAACACCAUGAGUUUGUCAACCGAGCAAUUUGAAAAGUUACUGUCAGUAAUUGGUAGUAAUCAACAGCGACGGGGUUCUUUUACCACCUGUAAGGUUACAUUUAAUGGUGCUAGGGACACAGAAACUGUGGAAUCUUUUCUGGCUGCGGUUUCAGUGUUCAAGUCUGUGGAACAAAUCCCUGAUGAAGAUGCCAUUAUGAGCGUUCCCUUAAUUUUGAGAGAAGAGGCAGCUACCUGGUGGAAUGGCAUAAAGGAACAGGUAAAAACCUGGGAAGAAUUUAUUUCAAGAGUUCGCCACGCCUUUGCCCCCAAGAGACCUGGGUACCAAUUAUACCAGAACGUGGUGAACAUUAAGCAAGGUGAAGAUGAACUCACAGAGGUGUUUGUUGCAAAGAAGAGGGCGCUUAUCGCACAAAUGCCAGAACCACACUCGGAAACUCAACAAAUCGAUAUGAUUUACGGGCAGUUACGGUACAAAAUCAGGGUAAAAAUGCCACGCGACACCGUCAAUACCCUUGACGCCUUAGUGAAGGCAGCCAGGGGUAUAGAACAGCUCUUGGUUGAGAAGAAGAUCCCAGAAGAAGGGACAAAGAAGGAGGAAGAAACAGGGAAGGUGCCAUUUAAAAAGAAGCGCUGCACAUACUGUCGAUUGCCUGGGCAUUCAAUCGAGACAUGUCGGAAGAAGGAAAAGAAGGAUCUCGCUUCUGGUACUUCUGAUGCUUCUGUCGCGAAACCUGCGCCUAAAAAUGUUGCCAUGGGUACUCAAGCACCAUCGCCCUCCACACCAACGUUUGCAUGCUACGGAUGUGGUACACCAGGAGUGGUCCGUUCAAAAUGCACCACCUGUGCCAACGCUAAGCCGAAGGUGGGAAGAGCUGAAGUAAGUUUCUGCUCAAUCAACACGGCAGAUGUACGCGCUCGACCAAUUGUGGGUAUUGCUAUAGGCAAAAUAACAGGGAACGCCUACGUGGACACUUGCGCGAAGACAAGCGUUGCCUCAUACGCGCUGUACAAAUGCCUGCGUAGACUUGGCUUUGCGUUCCAGACACAACAGCUGAUGGUGAAACUGGCUGAUGGCACCACUACUCAGAGAGACGUAUUAACGGUGGAGGCCCCCGUUAGUAUCUGCUAUCGUGUUGUACCGACGACUUUUAUCGUCUUCCCAGAAGCUCGUGAGUCUCGCACACUGUUGGGUAUUGGGUUUAUCGAGGAUGCCAAAAUGGUACUCAACGUACCUCAGAAGACAUGGCAUUUUGAGGAUCACCCUGGAGAUGUCUUCGACCUCCAAGACGAAGAUGCUGAGGAGAUAUCACUGGCCAAGAUGGAAGCUACGCCUAUUCAUUUUAAUCCUCGGUUACGUCCUAUACUAAAGGAUGUCGAGAUGCCUGAAUUUAUUUCCCCUCUGUCAAUAACUCCAAGGUACAAUAGCAUACGAGAACCGGCGCUGCCACGAUCCAGUAUAUGCACACCAACAACUGAUCACCCAUCCAGCGGAGAACCAGCACUACCAGAAACAAGUGCCUGCUCCACACAUACAAUGACAUAUCGCGUAGUGCCAAUUGCGCUGUCUCCCAUUAAAAGGAAGCGAACAUUCGAUGGGUAUUCACCAAGAUUCGUCGACUUUAUGAUCCGUGAUGCCCAGAUACAACUUCACGGUGCUACGUGUGAACUAUCUCCACAUUCCAAGGCACUUUUUCCUAGCGACCAUAGUCAUAGUAGCACUGAUGAUGAAAUUAGAUCUUUGGAAGUGGAUGAGGUCUCAUCGGAUACCCUAGACAGAACUCAAAAGCAGUUUUAGUGCAGGGGGAGUCCGUUUCUACACAGUGUAUCAGUGGUCAGAGGGCCCUGCGGCGAGUCCACUUCCGCCGCCAAUACGCCCACUGAAGAAACGCGGGCGUCCGCCUAAGGCCAGGCCUACUGAGGACUCCACUCCGCCCUCUCGCGGACGAGGACGGCCACGGCGACACGCUUCGUCCUGCCCAACAUCGUCAGUGCAACAUUAAUUAUGACUGGCUACUCGUCGGGGCGCCUUCGCAUCCAGAGGGGGAGCCUGUAGCACCACCGAACGCACGCCGCGCUCGCGUGCGCACUCACACUGUGUCGGGACGGGACACAGACGCACACUAGCUCGCCGCGCCACCUUUAUAAGGAGCCACCGAGCCAUCGAUCGGCAGUCUCUGCGCUAGCGCGCCGCUGUAUCCACGCAUUGGAAGAGCCCGCCUAGCCUGAGCCGCCCCUGCCCGCUCGCCCGUGGUGACGUAUCCUGCUUGUUUCGUGACGUCACGACACGAACUGGCCGGGACCGUACCGCGCGUCGAUCCGUAUAGAGUUAGUGUAGUCAUACGAGUGUAGAAUUAAUGUUUACACAUUUGUUAGCAAAUAAAUUGCCUUGAAGUUUCA